UUCCAAAGAUAUCCUUUGAAUUGCGACAUUGCAGCGUCCAAGAUGGCAAUUCGUACAGUGUUCCUGGCAGUGCUUCUGCCAUACUGCAUCAUCGCUUUGCCGACUGGGCCACCGGUAGGGCACCAUCCCGAGGUCUGCACCAGCAUGUCACCGGGGGAUCACCAUCCUGGCAACACGGCCACUGGCCCUGCACCUUACACCAUUGUGGUCACUUUUCUUCGUUUCGUCACAACAGUGACAGUCCGUGCAGCCAAUCAGGGUGUAACCUUCGCCGGUUUCUUCGUUCAGGCAAGAAGCCAAUCAGACUCGGCUAAGACGGAUGCUCUUGGAACGUUCAGCAGCGUUCCUCAAAGAUCGCAAGUUCUUGCCUGCACCUCUGCCGCGGGAGCCUGGUCCCACAACAACAAGAAUGCCAAGAGGGAGAUAACUGCAACGUGGAUGCCGCCAUCCGAUGAUCAAGGAUCUGUUGCAUUCCAGGCAACCAUCGUGAGGGGUCCAGCCAGCGUGUACUGGAAAGGCGUGAAAUCACAGUCUCUGUCGUACAGUGCUGCUCCUAGUCUGGGUAUGUAUACGGCAGGCCUGUGCCUUGGAGUUUGGGGGAUUUCCCAGAAGGAGGUUCGUUUCAAGCAGCAACUUCCUCUUGACUUUUGCCGUGUUCUGGGCGAUGAUGGCGUGACUGUGAUUAACGGUGGACGUCUAUACCGCCCUCUUGUGAUAUCAUCUGGACAAAAAUAA